AGUCCCCACCCGUCUUGUUGUUCUUCUUUCCUUGAGCUCUGUCAGUCGACAUGACCCUUUCCCGUCGCCUUCCUUCAUAGAAUCCCGCUUCUUUGGGGUCAAGAUCUUGGGUCGGCUUCUUAAAUAUCCGCACCCUAUUGAAUUUUCAGUUUGCCCCUGCGGAUAUUCAGCCAGACCUCUUAGAAAGGAUCCGCUGUUAGGUGUUGAGCACGAUGAGCUGGCCAACGCUUCUCAUGCUUUCUUUGCAAGGGCUUUUCGUGUCCCAAGGCAUGGCAGCUAAUCGCACUUGUUAUUUCCCCAACGGGGAUGAAAGUAAUGAUGUGCCUUGUACCUCAGAGAUGAAUACAUCUUGCUGUUCAGAAGACGCGAUCUGCCUGGACAAUGGAUACUGCUUCCAUCUUAACGGAUCCAAUCUGUCGAGAGACAGUUGUACGGACCCGGAUUGGGGGGACGAUUGCCCGCAGCUGUGUGAAGAGAGCUUUUAUGGCAACACAUCUGAUUAUUAUUACACUAUUGCGUUCCUCCAGAGCGGAAACAAUGGGGACCUCUACUGCUGCGGACAACCAGAAUGGGACCUCGACUUAGAACGAAAAACAUGUCCCGGGAAUAAAGAUCCAUUUACGGUGCCCAUUGGGAAAGCCAUAGUCGGGGUAGCGGCGCUUGAGGGCCUCAUGCCCACUGGCCCGGACGACUACAAUGCUGCCCAAGUCAAUGUCUCCCAGGUCUCGAUGGAAGAAGAAACAUCAACGACAACAUACGAUUCAACACCGACGUCCACCGGGAUUCAGACCUCUCGAACGACGCCCACCUAUAUCUCUGAAAAGAGUGAUAGCUCCGGGAAGGUGACUGCUGUCGGCGCGGGUGUGGGUGUCCCGCUGGGCGUGAUUGCACUGGCCUCGCUAGCGUGGGCGCUCUGGCUGUUGAGACAGAACCGAAAUCUGAGGAAGGCCUAUGCUUUGGGCCCAGACCACCCAAAAGAUCAAUUUGAUAAUCAGAUGGAACGCGGAGGUCAAUCGACCAUGAUGAAGCCUUUGGGGGAACAUACGAGCCGUGUGACUGAUCCAAAUGGGAGGUAUAGCCACCGCGUGGAGUUAAUAGAGACGAACUAAAACCCAGAUGAAUUCCCAAAUAUACCGAAGCACGACUGCCAGGUCGAACAUUGGAUG